GAAUUCCACUAGGCAAUUAGUUUACUUCUUUCUUUCCCAGCUUUAAUGUACUUGUGGUUGAUUCUUCACUGCUGCAAAAACCCAUUAAAACUUGGAAGCAAUGUUAUAUAAACAUUUGAAUUAGGACUUGGGACAUGGACUACCCUCAUACAUCCAUGGAGGGAUGCAGUUACUACUUGGCAAUGGUACUGGUACAGCUAGCAUAUGGUGGAUCAAAUGUCCUCAUAAAACUUUCUCUUGCCGAAGGACUCAAUCCAGUCGUGUUUGUGGUUUAUAGGCAUGUUAUCGCCAUGCUCUUGCUAGGACCAUUUGCUUAUGUUCUUGAGAGGAAGCAGAGACCUUCGCUCUCAAUUUCAAUAGCUGCAAAAGUUUUUGUGCUUGCAUUAUUUGGGACUACUAUCCAUCUCAAUGUGUACUAUGCUGGUUUAGCAUACAUUUCCCCAACAUCUGCUUGCGCCCUGAGUAAUGUAAUCCCAAGUUUGACGUUUUUAUUGGCCGUUCUGCUACGGAUGGAGAAAUUGCACAUUAGAAGUACCAGAAGUCAAGCAAAGGUUGUUGGUACACUUCUCUGCAUUGGUGGUUCUCUUAUUUUCACCUUCUGGAAAGGAGGACACCUAUUCAAGGGUUUUGUUGAGAGGCCCCUGAUAACUGCAUUUAACACUGAGUUACGGAAUGGUAAGCAAAACCGGAUCAAGGGUUCUGCUCUAAUUCUGACUAGUCAUAUAGCAUGGUGUUCAUGGCUAAUUCUCCAGGCUGUGAUCUCCAAAGUCUACCCUGCUCCAUUGUCACUAACCACCAUCAUAUGCUUUUUCGCAUCAUUGCAAUCUUCCUUUCUUGCCUUGUUCUUUGCAAGAAAUCCAGCUUCGUGGAGACUUGAGUGGAACCUACAACUUUUAACCAUCAUCUACUCUGGAGUUGUGUUGUCAGCAUUAGUCUAUUACCUGCAAGCGUGGUGCAUCAGUUACAAGGGACCAGUUUUUGCGGCUAUGUUUAGCCCCCUACAAGUCAUUAUAGUGGCAAUGUUCUCAGCAGUUGCUUUUGCAGAGCGACUUCACUUUGGCAGCUUGAUCGGAGCAUUUCUCAUUAUCGUUGGCCUUUACUGUGUGCUAUGGGGAAAGAGGCAAGAUGGUCUUGCUGCUGAACCCCCACAGAGUGGAAAAGGAGUUCUUAACAAUGAUAAAGUGCUCGCAAUUUCCAAGAUUGAUAUUCAAGUGAUACAUCCUGUAACUAGAGAAAGUACAUGUUCAUAAGAACAGUUAAUAUGUAAAGAAAAUUGCUACACCAUGGAAUUUUGAUGACAAAUUCUGGACUUAGGUUUUUUAUGGUUGUAAUAUGUUCUAAUUAUAAAUUGAUAUGGUUCCACUUGCAAAACGUGUCAAUUUUGAAAUUGUGGAAUCCAGCUUGAGUUUAAUAAAUUUCUGCAGUUACAUUGAUCUGCAGGAUUCAAAAUGA